AUGGACCAUGAAGAGAAGAGAAAGCCUCUCGGCAUACCGACCGCCAACAUCCCUCCCUCCGGUCUAUCCUCCUACCCCUCCCUCUCCUCCGGCGUGUAUUACGGCUUCAUUGGUCUAUCUCUCGCCUCCUCCCCCGACACACCUUUGUGUUCCAUCCAAGUCCACCCAGCGGUCCUCAGUAUCGGCUAUAAUCCUUUCUACCACAACACGACGCGCUCCGUCGAAGUCCACGUCCUCGCCGAGUUUGCUUAUGACUUCUACGGGGCCGCGCUCAAUUUGUUGAUCCUCGGGUUCAUAAGGCCCCAGUUCGACUACGUGAGCCGCGAGGCACUGGUCGAGGACAUUAAAACGGAUUGCGAGGUUGCGAGGCGUAGUCUAGCAAGGGAACAUUACAGGAAAUUUGAAGACGAAAAAUGGUUGAGGGAUUUCGAGUGGGUGGAAAAGACGGGGAUGGAUGCAAAGGAGGCGGAGAGGGAGGUGUUGAAUCAAAAUCAAAACCAUAACCAGAACCAGAAUCAAAGCAAAGACUGA